AGGGUUGAUGCUGAUCAUGAGUUGAGAGCGGAGUCAGUCGAACACCAGCAGCGCUUAAGAUCGGAUCUAGUCAAGACUAAUAAAGAUAAAACAUAAAAAUCAAAGUGUUGGUGUUCUACUUGGGGUAUUUAUCACAUCCCUACAAAAUCAGAAGUGGGCCGAUCUCGUGCCAAUUAAACAAUUAAAUAAAUCAAAAAUCAUGGACAUGAACAACGCAUCAAUCGCGCAGUUAAAAAGGUGGCUAAAUGUGUUACGGUUGCCAACCACGGGAAACAAGCGCGAAUUAAUAUUGCGUUUAAACAAAAUUUCGACGGAAAAGCGUAAUUAUCUGAAAUCAGUCAUGAAUCAAGACGAAGACGGCGAUGGAAUCAACGAUGAAGACGUAUAUGAAGAGGAUCUGGAAUUAGGAAGCCAAGAAAAUGACAAUGAUAAUGGCGACGCAGACGGAGGUAACGACAACGACAAAGCUGGAGUACAAGAAAACGAAAAAGUCAGAGGCGAAGGAAACGACAAACACGGAGGUGGAGCUAAAGGAAAAGAUGGCGAUAAAAAUAAGAGUAAAAUUGGCGGCGAUCAAAGCGGAAAAGGCGGAGACAGAAGGAACAGCAAAGAUGGAGGCGAAAACAACGGCAGCGACGGCGGCAGAAACAAUGACCACGACGGCGGCGAAAACAACAACAGCGACAGCGGCAGAAACAACGACCAUGGCGGCGACGAAAACAACAAAAGCGACGGCGGCGAGGGAGAGAACAAAGAUGGAGAUCAUGCACGCAGUGACAGGAAUGAAGCCGGCAGCAGCGGCGCAAAAGAAGGCGCCACUGAAGAAGUGAAAUCAGGCAACGUUGCGAAGUCGGAGUUUACGGAAUUUCACAACCCAAGCAUCGACAUUUCAUUGGGCAUGGCAACACAAGUUAUGAGUGAUUUUUCGGGCGAAACUUGCGCACGAAAAUGGAUAACGCAAAUGAACAAUAUUGCAACCAUUUAUGGUGUUAGUGGAAAAUACAUUAAAAUGCUGAUGAUUACUAAAAUAAAGGGAAAAGCCAACGUGUGGCUACAUGCAAACCCGGAGCGUAUCAUGCUACCGCUGGAGGAGCUAACCGCGGAACUAAUUUCAAUGUUCUCGGAUAAAGUUUCGAAAUUAGAGGCAAGGCGUCAAUUCGAGAACCGGAAAUGGAGUUCCGGUGAGAGUUUUGGAAGCUACGUUGACGACAAAGUGAUGCUUGGCCAAAGAAUCGACUUAGAUACAGAGGAGAUGAUAAGUCGCAUCAUCGAAGGAAUCCCCAAUCAAGGGCUACGAAAUCAGGCACAUAUUCAGUGCUUUGAAAAUAUCGCACACAUCAAACGUGCAUUUGCGGAUGUGGAGUUGCCGAAAUUGUAUGUUGGAAGGAAAGAGGCAGCAGCGAACGGAGACGAGAAGGACAGCAAGGUCAUGCGUUGCUAUAAUUGCAAUGCUCGAGGACAUUGGGCGAAGGAGUGCAGGAAGCCGAGACGAGAGAAAGGGUCGUGCUAUGCAUGUGGCGAGAUGGGACAUUUUGUGGCUAAGUGCCGAAAGAACAAAGCUAAGAGCGAGGUCAAGAACAAUUAUAAUGCCUCAUAGAUACAGGGAGCCCAAUUUCAUUCAUAAAAAUUUCUAAAGUACCAGAAAAUAUUUGUAAGAUGCCAGUUUUAAGUUCGUAUCAUGGAAUAAAUGAAAGUUAUUUGGAAACUUAUGGCAGAAUUUUAUGUUAUAUAAAGA